CUUAGUUUCUUCUACAGAAGUAAGAGCUAGUCGAUGAGUCUCAAUCUACUUUCUUCCAUUGCUCAAGUGAAGAUAUCCUCUAGUAUAUCUCUUUCUUUACCUUCCGCAAAUCUGGUACAUUGAAUUUCUCAAUACGAAACUUCGCUCACUGACCUCCACUAAAUCUCACCCUACCUUCUAAGGUUCCUACGGGGACUUUCUGCACAAGCUGAAGUGUUUACGCCAAGCUGGCAGGCUGCACCGAUUGAUACACUCAAAUCAUGGCCGAAGAGAUUGUGAUAGACAAAUCUACUUUCUUCAAUAGAUUAUCAAGCUUCUAUAAUGCAUGGAAAGCCGACAAACGAUCUAGUCAUGCCAAUUUCGGUGGUGUGUCGUCGAUUGUGAUCCUAAUGGGCAAAACCGACGAAGCGAACAGCUUUCAGAAGAACAACGCAAUGCACUUCUGGCUCCUUGGCUAUGAAUUUCCCGCUACGCUUCUUGUUUUUACGACGGAGAUGGUGUAUGUGGUGACUACCGCGAAGAAAGCCAAGCACCUUGAACCCUUGAAAGGUGGCAAGAUUCCGGUGGAGAUAUUAGUGACAUCCAAGACUCCAGAUGAGAAGAUGAAAUCUUUCGAAAAGUGCAUUGACGUUAUCAAAAAUGCUGGUAAAAAAGUUGGCGUAUUGCCGAAAGACACAACCGCAGGUCCUUUCGCAGAAGAUUGGAAGAAGGCUUAUGCAACAUUGUCAAAUGAAGUCGAGGAAGUGGAUAUUUCGCCCGCUCUUUCAGCUACUCUCUCUGUCAAGGAUACUGAUGAAUUAGUAUCUAUACGUAAUGCAUCGCGGGCAUGCAGUGGUCUGAUGUCUGAGUACUUCGUGGAUGAAAUGUCCCGCCUACUUGAUGAAGAGAAGCAGAUGAGCCACAAAGCUCUUUCAAUGCGGAUUGAUGCGAAAAUAGACGACGCAAAAUUCUUCAACAAGUUAGCGAAAUUGCCGGCCGAAUUUGACCCCCAACAAAUCGAUUGGGCAUAUGGACCAGUGAUCCAAAGUGGAGGGAAAUAUGAUCUCAAGCUGACUGCGAUAUCCGACAACAACAAUUUGCAGCCGGGGAUAAUAAUUGCUGGCUUCGGCAUUCGUUACAAGACCUACAGUUCGAUGAUUGCACGCACCUACCUAGUUGACCCGACGAAAACUCAGGAGGCAAAUUACGCCUUUCUACUAAACGUCCGCGAAGCGAUUUUGAAAGACGUCCGUGACGGGGCCGUGGCUAAGGACCUAUACAGCAAGGCGAUGAAUAUGGUUCGGACAAAGAAGCCUGAGCUUGAAUCUCAUUUCCUGAAAACUGUCGGCGCUGGCAUAGGAAUUGAGCUUCGAGACGCUAAUAUGGUUCUUAACGGAAAGAACGAUAAGGUUUUGAAGAGCGGAAUGACAUUCGCUGUCACAGUUGGUCUGACUGACGUUGAAGACGCGAGCAUCAAAGACAAGAAUAGAACCGUUUAUUCGAUGAUCAUUACAGACACUGUUCGCGUCGGAGAAACCGGGCCUCUGGUGUUUACGAAAGAUGCUGGUGUUGACAUGGACUCUGUAUCGUUCUACUUUGGGGAUGAAGAAGAGCCACAGAGACCAGUAAAGGAGAAGAAGGAGGCGAAAUCAAGCUCUGUUGCCAAUAGGAAUGUUACGAGAACGAAGCUUCGUGCUGAAAGACCCACUCAGAUUAAUGAAGGUGCCGAAGCACGGCGACGUGAGCAUCAAAAGGAGUUGGCUGGCAAAAAGACCAAGGAAGGUCUGGACAGAUUUGCCGGUACGACUGGCGAUGAUAACGGAGUCACACAGAAAAAGUUCAAGAGAUUCGAGUCUUACAAGAGAGACAAUCAGCUCCCAACGAGGGUGAAAGACCUAACCGUUUAUGUAGAUCAGAAGGCUUCCACGGUUAUUGUGCCAAUUAUGGGUCGGCCAGUACCCUUCCAUAUUAACACGAUCAAGAAUGCUAGCAAGAGUGACGAGGGAGAGUAUGCGUAUCUCCGAAUCAAUUUCCUUUCACCGGGUCAAGGCGUGGGCCGAAAGGAUGAUCAGCCUUUCGAAGACCUCUCCGCCCAUUUUCUGCGCAAUUUGACACUCCGGUCCAAGGACAACGACCGACUGGCCCAGAUCGCUCAAGACAUCACAGAACUUCGAAAGAAUGCUCUGCGGCGGGAACAAGAGAAGAAGGAAAUGGAAGAUGUGGUAGAACAAGACAAGUUGGUUGAAAUCAGGAAUCGUCGUCCUGUAAAACUGCCUGAUGUAUACCUUCGGCCUCCUCUGGAUGGUAAACGCGUUCCAGGGGAAGUUGAGAUCCAUCAGAACGGUCUUCGUUACAUGUCACCUUUUCGAAAUGAACAUGUAGAUGUCCUGUUCAGCAACGUGAAGCACCUGUUUUUCCAACCUUGCGCUCACGAAUUGAUCGUUCUGAUACAUGUUCAUCUGAAAACACCUAUUAUGAUAGGGAAAAGGAAGACUAGAGAUGUGCAGUUCUACCGGGAGGCAACCGAAAUGCAGUUUGAUGAAACCGGCAAUCGUAGGCGCAAGCAUCGUUAUGGGGAUGAAGAGGAGUUCGAAGCCGAACAGGAAGAGAGACGGCGGAGAGCCGCUCUGGAUCGGGAGUUCAAGGCUUUCGCCGAAAAGAUUGCAGAUGCCGGAAAAGACGAAAGCGUGGAUGUUGACAUCCCUUUCAGAGAAAUUGGUUUCACUGGCGUACCAAACCGCUCUAAUGUUUUGAUCCAACCCACAACAGAUGCUCUUGUCCAAUUGACAGAGCCGCCCUUCCUGGUGAUUACUCUGAAUGAGGUAGAGAUUGCUCAUUUAGAGAGAGUACAGUUUGGACUCAAAAACUUUGACCUGGUUUUUGUUUUCAAGGAUUUCCACAGGGCCCCUGUUCAUAUCAAUACAAUCCCUGUCGAAUCGCUAGAGGGUGUCAAAGACUGGCUAGAUUCUGUUGAUAUAGCUUUCACAGAGGGUCCACUGAACUUGAACUGGACAACAAUCAUGAAGACAGUCGUAAGUGACCCAUACGGUUUCUUCGCUGAUGGGGGCUGGUCAUUCUUGGCCGCAGAGUCGGAUUCAGAGGGCGGAUCAGACGAAGACGAGGAGUCCGCGUUUGAGCUUUCUGAAUCAGAGCUGGCGGCCGCCGACGAGAGUUCAGAAGACGACAGUGAAUUCGACGAUGAUGCCAGUGCCGAGGCUAGCGAUGACUUCAGUGCCGACGAAGAGAGUGGUGAAGACUGGGACGAACUCGAAACGAAGGCAAAGAAAAAGGACAGGGAAAGUGGUCUGGAUGAUGAAGAUCGUGGGAAAAAGCGCAAGCGAUGAUCUGGUCCCGCAUACUACAUGACAGCCAGCUGUGAAUUUCGAACAAGUGGCCUUCAAUUUGCAUCAAUCGCUAUUUAAUACUUGAAUUGUACGAGAUGUUCAUGAAUUGUAAUCGUCAGUUCCCAAGGAACUCGAGGGGCCAGGAAUGAGACAUUAAUAUUCGUGCUGCCA